AGUAGAAGAAAUAGAAGAAGAUGCAAUGAAUAUGGAAUUAGCAGAUGUUACAGAAAUGUCUAUCCAACAGCCAGAAAUAUCAAAUCAAAUUGAAGAGGAUCUUCCAGUACCUUCUACCUCAAAUUUAACUUUACUAGAUCCAAUU